AUGGCUAAUGAGACAAUUUCCAGGUGUGUGAUUACCUGGCUUAGAGCUGCUUUCAAGGAUCUGAAGAUUCCAUGGGUAAGAAAAAGGCAUUUGUGGACAGAAAGAAUGCUACACACUACCGACUUGUUCCUAAGAGUACUGCGGAGAGUACAGCAGUCGAUGAAAAAAGGUUUAUUCCCACUGAGGAACACUUGGAAGAACAACAUAAAUAUGACCACAACUCUACAAACGUUGGACGAGAAAGAUAGAUUUAUAGUUCGUGCACCAAAACUGCAAGCUCCAACACCGUCGGCUUUGUUCGGAGAAACAAAAUCCGUACCAAAAAUUGAAGAAGAUGAGAUUUUUGAUGAAGAUAUCGAAGAAGCUCUGGAAGGUAACUUUGAUGGUGAUCUCGGAGGUGGUCUUGAAGACGACUUUAUAGCUCUGGCUGGUGGAGUUAUUGAACCUAUGUCAAAGACACUAACUCAGCAUCGGCAACCGAAUGUUCAUUAUGAAAACGACAGUAACGAUGAUUCCGACUUUGAUGACUAUAACUAUGAUGGGAGUGAUAAUGGUGUUGAAGAAGAGUGGGAUCAAAACGCGUUACAUUGUAAUGCUCCUCGACGAGAAAUUGAUGAGAGGUUCGACCAAUUGCUCGAAGCUGAUUAUCAUUAUGAUCAAUUGGGUGAAUUAGACGGCGGUGAUCAUCUAGUCGGCGGUGUUCUCGAACCGACAGAUGAAAGAGUAAAGCGGAUGAUUAAGGAAAGCAACAGAGGGCCUGUAGAUGAUGAAGAGGCAUCAAAAGAGUGGACGAGACAACGCAUGCGACUCGUUGAAGCUAAUGUUGUGAAAGACGAUACCAUGGAGAAUAUCAUCUCUAUAUAUUUCCAGAUCGACGAGUCAUCAUCCAAGAGAUUGAAGUGGGAUUGUGAAUCUUAUGCUACACAAUGUACAAACAUCUACAAUCGACCGACUCUUAUUCAAAAUCCUAAAAGUGGCAAGUUAUCUCGCCGUGCCCUUAAGUCCCUUGAUCGAGCGGCACAAGAAAUAGAUGACACGGAAGUGUGCGAUAUGGAAACGUGUCUUGACGACAACAUGAGUCAAUGCUCAAAGGUGUCUACGUAUAGGCCUAAAAGUGAAACUUCUGAACAGCGCCGCCUUCGGAAGCAAGCGAUCAAGGAAACUCGACGACAACGUAGGCAGGAAAAGAAAGGAAAUAAGCUUGCGUUUGCAGAAGAACACAGAAAGAUUGCAAGAGAACGCGUUGGCCAAAUCAAAACAAUUCCCAUUGUUUAG